CCUGCCGUCCAGGAAUCCAUCAGUCUUUUCAUGGCCUACGUUCACACCAGUGUCAACCAGGCAAGUGAAAAAUACCAGCGCAAUGAGAAGAGGUACAAUUACACCACCCCCAAGAGCUUUCUCCAGCAAAUCACUCUGUACAGAAACCUUCUGGAGAAGAGCCGAGCUCACCUCCAGCACAAGAUGAACCGACUUGACAGCGGCCUUCAAAAGCUCCAAACCACUGCCGCUCAGGUCGAUGAUCUUAAAGCUAAACUGGCAUCCCAAGAAGCGGAGCUGACCUGUAAAAACCAGAACAUCGAGGCUCUCAUCACAAAGAUCGGACUUCAGACUGAGAAGGUUAGCAGCAAGAGAGAGGCUGCAGACAUCGAGGCACAAAAGGUUGCUGUCAUAAAGGCAGAAGUCUUAGUCAAACAGAAGGACUGUGAAAGUGACCUAGCCAAGGCAGAGCCAUCUUUAGCAGCUGCAACAGAAGCACUGGACACCCUCAACAAGGUGAAUCUUACUGAGCUGAAGGCCUUCCCAAACCCCCCAGCAGCAGUGAUCAACGUGGCAGCAGCUGUGAUGGUGCUGCUCGCUCCCCGCGGUCGGGUGCCAAAGGAUCGGAGCUGGAAGGCGGCGCGGGCCUUCAUGGGCAAGGUGGAUGAUUUCCUUCAGGCCCUGACGUCGUAUGACAAGGAGCACGUCCCAGAGGUCUGUUUGACUGUGGUAAAAAAGGAAUAUCUGAAAAAUCCACAGUUCCACCCUGAUCUGGUUCGGACUAAAUCUACAGCUGCAGCCGGUCUCUGUGCCUGGGCUCUAAACAUUGUCCGAUACUACGAGAUUUAUUGUGAGAUCAUUCCUAAGAGGCAUGCAUUAUCACAAGCUAAUGCAGAACUAGACACAGCUACAGCCAAAAUGUUAGCAGUUCAAAAUAAAUUGGUGGAUCUUGAUGCAACCCUACAGAGCCUCACAGCUCAGGUUGAAGAAGCUACAGCUGAGAAACUCAGUUGUCAGGAGGAGGUGAAACGCACCAACCAGACCAUAGAGCUGGCCAACCGACUGGUCAAGGGCUUAGAGUCAGAGAAGGAGCGCUGGUCCCAGGCAAUUGUUGAGUACGAAAAGCAACAGAGAACUCUGUGUGGCGAUGUCCUCAUCACUUCAGCAUUCGUCUCUUACAUGGGUUACUUCACAAGACAGUAUCGCGUGGAGCUUCUAAACAACGCAUGGAUCCCUUUCCUCCAUUCUCAGAAAGUCUCUGUGCCCCUGACAGACGGCUUGGAUCCAAUCCUCAUGCUUACAGAUGAUGCCACUGUGGCUGCCUGGCAUAACCAGGGCCUGCCAAACGAUAGGAUGUCCACCGAGAACGCUUCCAUCCUGACCACCAGUGAGCGUUGGCCGCUCAUCAUCGACCCGCAGCAGCAGGGCAUCAAGUGGAUCAGAAACCGGCUAGGGUCAGAGCUGAGGGUGGUGCAGCAUGGACAGAAGGGGUAUCUAGAUGUGAUUGAACAAGCCCUUGCCUGUGGUGAAACAGUUCUGUUAGAGAAUCUGCCAGAGAAGGUAGACCCAGUCCUGGAGCCUCUGCUGGGGAGAAACACUAUUAAGAGAGGAAGGUAUAUUCGUAUUGGCGGCAAGGAGUGUGAAUACAACAGCAACUUCCUACUCAUCCUCCACACCAAGUUGGCCAAUCCCCAUUUCCCCCCUGAGCUGCAGGCCCAGACCACCCUCAUCGACUUCACAGUGACUCCUGUGGGCCUGGAGGAGCAGCUGCUGGGACAGGUGGUGUCCCGCGAGAGGCCCGACCUGGAGGCCUUAAAGAUGGAGCUGACCAGCCAGCAGAACCACUUUAAGAUUGAACUGAAGAGGUUGGAGGACGACCUGUUGAGUCGCCUCUCGGCAGCCCACGGUAAUUUCCUCGGUGAUAUUUCUCUGGUGGAGCAACUCGAGAACGCCAAAAGCACGGCCGCUCACAUUCAGCACAAGGUGGUGGAGGCCAGAGAGAACGAGACAAAGAUCAACGAGGCUCGAGAACUUUACCGCCCAGCAGCUGAGAGAGCCUCACUCCUCUUCUUCAUCAUCAAUGACCUCAGCAAGAUUAACCCCAUGUACCAGUUUUCUCUCAAGACCUUUAACUCAGUGUUUAACAAAGCGAUGGAGCGUGCAGAAUGGGACGAGGAUGUGAGGACCAGAGUGCACACCCUGACUGAGGCCGUCACCUAUUCUGUAUUCCUGUACACCAGCCAGGGCCUGUUUGAGAGAGACAAGUUAACCUUCUUGUCACACACUGCCUUCCAGAUGGCUCUCAAGCAGGGCCUGAUUGAUGCUCAGGAAUUUGACUUCCUACUGCGUUUCCAUGUGGAAGCGUGCAAAGUUAGUCCCGUGUCCUUCCUCUCUCCACAUGCCUGGGGAGCCAUUAAGACAAUUUCUACAAUGGAGGGCUUCGUCGGACUGGACAAAGACAUGGAGAGCUCCCCGAAGCGUUGGAGGAAGAUCGUUGAGUCCAGUUUUCCUGAAAAGGAAAGACUUCCCCAUGACUGGAAGAAUAAAAGUUCCCUCCAGAAGCUUAUUAUCUUCAGAGCCCUUCGCCCUGAUAGGAUCACCUAUACACUGAGGUCCUUUGUGGAGGAAAGCAUGGGAGCAAAAUACGUGGACGCUGCCAGGCUGGAGUUUGACAAGCUGUAUGAGGAAAGCAGCUCCUCCACCCCGGUGUUCUUCAUCCUCUCACCUGGAGUGAAUCCCCUCAAAGAUGUGGAAAAACUAGGAUUGAAGUUGGGAUUCUCCAUCGAGCAGGGCACUCUGCACAACGUCUCCCUGGGCCAGGGGCAGGAGGAGGUGGCUGAGAGGGCUCUGGGGAGCGCCUCUAAACUGGGACACUGGGUCAUUCUGCAGAAUGUGCACCUGGUGGCUCGCUGGCUGCCCUCUCUCGAUGCUCUUCUGGAGACAGCAGCGGUGGACAGCCACCAGAACUACAGAGUGUUCAUCACCGGAGAACCAGCAUCGAGCCCCGAGCACCACGUGAUCCCCAGAGGCAUCCUGGAGAGCGCCAUCAAGAUCACCAAUGAGCCCCCCACCGGCAUGAAUGCCAGUUUGCAUGCAGCCCUCAACCACUUCAAUCAAGACACCCUGGAUAUGUGUUCCAGAGAGCAAGAGUUCAACUCCAUGUUCUUCUCCCUCUGCUUCUUCCACGCUUGUGUUACGGAGCGUCGUAAAUUUGGUCCCCAGGGGUGGAACCAGAACUACCCGUUCAGCACCGGAGACCUCACCAUCUCCGCCAGCGUCCUGUACAACUACUUAGAGGCCAACACUAAAUCCAUGCAGGUGCCAUGGGAGGACUUGUGUUAUCUUUUUGGGGAGAUCAUGUAUGGAGGACACAUUACCGAUGGCUGGGACAGAAGACUGUGUAAGACCUAUCUGCAAGAGUUCAUGCAUCCAAAAAUGUUUGAAGGGGAGCUUUUUCUCUGCCCUGGGUUCCUGUCCCCUCCGUUCAUGGACUACAGUGGUUACCACGGUUACAUUGACGAACACCUCCCCUCUGAGAACCCCACUCUGUAUGGUCUCCAUCCGAACGCUGAGCUGGACUGCCUCAGCGUCACCUCAGACGACCUCCUGAGGACCCUGAUGGAGCUGCAGCCCCAGGCCUCCUGCAGAGGGGAGGGGUCUGCUCAGAGCACCGAGGAGAAGGUCAAGUCCGUCAUUGAAGAAAUCCUUGAGAAGCUUCCUGAGGAGUAUGACAUGGCAGAGAUCAUCACAAAGACCACAAAGAGAAGCCCCUACAUUUCAGUGUGCUUCCAGGAGUGUGAACGCAUGAAUCUCCUGCUAGCAGAAAUAAGGAAGUCCCUUCAUGAGCUGGAUCUUGGUCUCAAGGGAGAACUCACCAUCUCCUCCAGCAUGGAGACUCUGCAGACAGCUCUGUUCAACGACUCCGUUCCAGAGUCCUGGGCCAGGCUGGCUUACCCCUCCACUAAAACAUUGGCACAAUGGUUUAAUGAUGUGAUGUGUAGCUGUCGAGAGCUGGACAGCUGGACUCAGGACUUGGUUCUUCCUGCCGUCGUUUGGCUCUCCGGUCUCUUCAACCCUCAGUCUUUCCUCACCGCUGUGCUGCAGAGCAUUGCUCGGAAGAAUCAGUGGCCCCUGGACAAGAUGACUUUGACUGUGGAUGUAACGAAGAAGACGAAAGACGACUUUGGACACCCCCCACGGGAGGGGGCCUACGUUCACGGACUCUUCAUGGAAG